AGAUUUUAAAGGUCACAGAACAAUUGUAAUUUUUUCCCUGUUGAUUAUUAAGAUCAUUUUGCAUAGUUUCAGCUUGCAUGGUCAGUUUUAUGACUGACAGUACUGGUGUGGCAAAGUAAGAACUGCCUGGUGUUAACUAGGUGAAUGAAAUUGAGAAUAGACUGGAAAUUCAGUUGCUAGCUGGCAUUAAGGAACUUCUUGAGGUUAUAGAUCAUGACUUUUGAAUGAGACUGGUCAUAAUUACUAGUUUUUCUUCAGCCUCAUUCAGCUUCAGGAGGAGCUUCUCUCCUCCAUAGUUACACUUCUGAAGUAAGUAAGACACCACUGCGUUCACCAUCAACUCCCUUCAAGGGUGUUGGGGUGGAGCACAAGGGAGUCGAUGGUGAAUGCAGUGGUGUAAUUAUAAUAAUAAUUGACUAUGGGAUUUAAACUAAAUAAGGAAGAAAAAGAAUAUCUUGUGAUAGACAAUAAGGUGGUAGCAUUGGUGAAUUAAAGGGUCUUACUGAUGUUAAAGGGUUGUUGGAGCCUAGAGGGAAUGUACUAAAAAGAUAAGUGGUGGAAAGAAAGUAGAGUACUGGAAGUUGAGAUUAUGAAGCAUUUUCAGUUACCAAUAAUGACAAGUUCAGAAGUGUAACUAUGGAAAUGAGGAGCUGAGGUAGGAAAAAAAUCAUUGGAGAAAAGAACUGAGUGUAUUGGAAAGAUCAUCGUCAUGAAUGAUGAAUGAUGAUGAAUGAAUGAUGAAUGAUGUCAUCAGUCAUGAUGAUGGGGUGGUGUCAGAAAGACUGACAGUGGGUCAGGAUGUAAAAAUAAGGAAAUAAGGGCAGUAGUGACUUGGGUGACAACAAAUGCCUGUAAUGAGUUGAGGUAGUCAGUGAUACAGUCUCAUGACUGUAAAAACUGAGCUACUGUGAGAAUAGUCUUAAUGGUCCUAAGGGAGAAAGUGGUAGAAAGUUGUGUUUUGUGAAAUGAGGAGUAGGGGAGUAUCUUCCCAAGAAUAGGAAGAGUUUUGGGGUUCUCCUUUAUUUUUGCUAGUGUCCUUCUGAUGGAGGUCAGGAAUGCUGCAGAAGGAUUCUCUUGACCCCUGCCAGAUGAUGGACCAGAAACAUAGAUAUUCUCUUGAUGACAGCCAAAUUCAGUAUAUUGGUGAUAGGGUCAGAAUAAUGAGUGAUUACUGUCCUUUUUUAGAAUUGACAAAUCAUCUGUAUGACAAAAAGCUAAAGACCAGUAGUUUUUAUUGACAGAGAACUUAGGAACCUGCUAGGUUUUAACAUUAAAAUGCCUAGCAUAAUGCCUUUUCCAUAGGUGCUCAAUAAACAUUUAUGGUUUUCAUUAGUUAAGACAGUUAAAUUUUUAUUUAUAAGAUAAUUCUCAUUUAUAAUUGGUUAUACCUAAAUAUGUGACAGUAAGAUGUUUCUUCUUUGUAUUUUAGACUAUCCGCAUAAAUACGGUCCUCAGGGGGGCUGUGCAGAUCAUUCAGUAUUUGAAAGAAUGAGGAAAUACCAGAUGACUGGUGUAGAGGAAGUAACACAGAUACCUCAAGAAGAACAUGCUGCUAAUGGUCCAGAACUCCUGAGGAAAAAACGUACAACUUCAGCUGAAAAAAAUACCUGUCAGCUUUAUAUUCAGACUGAUCAUUUGUUUUUUAAAUAUUAUGGAACCCGAGAAGCUGUGAUUGCCCAGAUCUCCAGUCAUGUUAAAGCGAUUGAUACAAUUUACCAGACCACAGACUUCUCUGGGAUCCGUAACAUCAGUUUCAUGGUGAAACGCAUAAGAAUCAAUACAACUGCCGAUGAGAAGGACCCUACAAAUCCUUUCCGUUUCCCAAAUAUUGGUGUGGAGAAGUUUCUGGAAUUGAAUUCUGAGCAGAAUCAUGAUGACUACUGUUUGGCCUAUGUCUUCACAGACCGAGAUUUUGAUGAUGGCGUACUUGGUCUGGCUUGGGUUGGAGCACCUUCAGGAAGCUCUGGAGGAAUAUGUGAAAAAAGUAAACUCUAUUCAGAUGGUAAGAAGAAGUCCUUAAACACUGGAAUUAUUACUGUUCAGAACUAUGGGUCUCAUGUACCUCCCAAAGUCUCUCACAUUACUUUUGCUCAUGAAGUUGGACACAACUUUGGAUCCCCAGUAAGUAUUGUCUAAUUAUUAGCUUAAAAAAUACUUGUUAGUCUGAUUUUUGCGUUGAGUGGUUUAUUUUAAAUUUACAGUGAAACAAAUGUACUUAUAAGUGUUUAGUUUUUAUGUCAGAGCAUGGUAAUGUAUUUGACCAUACUGAAAGGGAGGAAGAUAGAAUGUUUGUGAUUAAAAUAAGAAAAGUAAGCAAAACAAUGCCAGAAUUCUGUGAAGGCAAGGAAUUUCAUCUGGCUUAUUCAGACAAAAUAAUAUCUGUAUCUCUUGG